ACGGGCGAAUGCCCUUGGCAUCAUUUAGGAUUACUUGGCGAAACUAAGGAUGUAAACACUCCAACCCUGUGAGAGCGAACACACGAAUCUUUGAAAUCAUGUUUUAGAACCAAAACGCAACGGAUACGGUGCAUGAUGCUGCGGCCUCAAAGUUGCCUUUUUAGAAAAAUUAUUUUAUUUCUUGUAGAUGAUAGUUGUGGGUAGACAUGUGUUUUUAGAAUGAUGCUUAGCAUAUGUGACUCGGAUCUUUGGUUGUGGAAAGUUGGAAUUUCUUUUUUUAUAUAAAUUUUAAAGUGACUUGUAGCGUCUCAACAGUAAAGUUUUAAGAGAAUCUUAUUGGAAUGAUUUAGACAACUUGAAAAGAAUAAUUCAUAAUGGAGGAAGUCUACGUCAUCCGCUUGCGGGGAGUACCUUCAACAUCAACUUCAGAAUCUUCAUCAGCUGUUGACACAAAUGAUCUCAUUCGUGGAUCAGUCCUCGGUCUAGGCGUUCUACACUGCAUAUUUGGAAUCCUGGUACUCAUCUUCGGUGCCCUCAAGACGACACUGGAGCACGAACCUCCCGCUACAGUUUUCGGAACCUUAUUUGGCCCGGUUUUUGUCGCCACUGGCCUAUCUGCUAUUAUGUCCUGGAAGCGUCCUUUUCGCAAACUCAAAAUUAAAGUCUUCUUCGGUUUCUCAGUCAUUUCUUUACUCAGCUCCGCGACAUUUCUUGGAUUUUGCUUAUUAGGUGUUGUCUAUUUUCAUAGUGUUCCACGUGUGUUUGGCGAAGGAGCUCACGUGACCGCCAAUGCUAUAAUAUCAGCUCUUGGCGAGAUGAUUGUCGCUGCUCUGUCAGUCUUGACCGCUGGCAGUGCAGUUUGGAAAUGCUUGCAAUGCGGUGCUUUUCGACCAGCAAAUCUACAACAGCAGUCUACCCGUCAAAAAGUCAUCGUCAAAACUGACAUAGUCGGUGGUCAGUCAGCCGCUGAAAUGCAGGGGGCACUCCACGAGGAAAUGGUUCGUCAUGUUAGCCCUCACUGUAUUAUUUCUUUGCGCGCCACAGAUGAGCAAAGAAAUGUGAUUAAAAAGGUCCAAGAGUACCUUCAUUCUCAAGAUGAGCUUAGUUUUACGUUUUCUGAUCCCAGCACAUUACAUGAUGAACAAGAUUUGGGUGUCGACUCUCAAAACUGGCGAAAUGAUGUUAUGUCUGUGAGCUCGAACAACGGCAUUCAAAAUAUUGAGCAGAAUGAUCAGAACACAGAUAAUAUUUGUCAGAACUGUGCUAAUAACGAUCAAAUUAGAGACCAAAGUAUUCAAAACAAAGAUAAAACUGUUCAGAAGACUGAUACAUUGCCAGAUGACAGCAUACCAUUAUAGUUUUUUAAUCAGAUAGUAUGCUUAUAAUAAAAUAAAGCUCUGUGAUAGUUUUAUUGUCAUAGAAAUUUUCUGGGCUGAUGUGCCAUAUUCGAAGUUUCUAUUAAAUGUACCGAUUUGUAUUGUUUUAGUGGAAUAUCAUUUCAGUUGUACUAAUUUACAUAAAAUUUUGUGUAGUGAAAUUUACUUUGUAUGAUACAUAUUGUUUAAAUGUUGACAAAAAUGGCACCAAUACACAAUUGUUCGUUUAAUAAAGUGUUUUUGAAAUUUUAAAA